CAGCAAAGGCUUCAUCGAAAGACCCCCGGCUACUGGGUCAGAUUCCUCAUCAAGGAUUUUUGAACUGGUUCAUGCUAAAAUCUAUUCCCAACCUUUACUUGAUAGGGUUAUUUCACCGGCUAGGGUCCCUCAAUCAAUCGAGAAGCAUAAGCCAAUACCAUCCACCGCCGCUCAGUUCACCGUCGACGAAAUGACGAAACGUUCGGUGGACGACAUCGGAACAGUAUUGGAAACCGGCAAGAAGCCCGUCUUCCUCACCAAAGCGGAGCGCGAAAAACUAGCCCUCCAACGCCGAGAUGAAGAAAUUGCCGAACAGAAACGCCGUGCUCAACAGCCCCUCCCACAAAACCGACCAUCCCCAUACCCCUCCGACCGCCACCGUGACCGUGACCGUGGUCGAGAAAGAGAAAGGGAAAGGGAAAGGGAAAGGGAUCGCGACUCGGAGCGGCGGAACCGGGAGCGAGAGCGCGAGGAAGAGCAAAAGGUUCGGGAGCGAGCUCGAUUGGAGAAAUUGGAGGAGCGAGAGCGAGAGAAAGAGCUCGAUGCGAUUAAAGAGCAGUAUUUGGGAUCCAAAAAGCCGAAGAAACGGGUGAUUAAGCCCAGCGAGAAGUUUCGUUUCUCAUUCGAUUGGGAAAACACUGAGGACACCUCCCGUGACAUGAAUUCCCUCUAUCAAAAUCCUCACGAGGCUCGCCUCCUGUUUGGUCGAGGGUUUCGUGCUGGAAUGGAUCGAAGAGAGCAAAAGAAGCUCGCCGCUAAGAAUGAGAAAGAGCUGAGAGACGAAAUUCGGAAGAAGGAUGGAAUUGAGGAGACACCUGGGGAGGCUGCGGCGCAGAGACUGAAAGAAGAGGCGGCUGAUUUGUACGAUACUUUCGAUAUGAGGGUGGAUCGCCAUUGGUCCGAGAAGAAGCUCGACGAAAUGACUGAGAGAGAUUGGAGAAUUUUUCGGGAAGAUUUCAAUAUUUCAUACAAGGGUUCUAGGAUUCCUCGGCCUAUGAGAAAUUGGACUGAGAGUAAGCUGCAUCCAGACCUACUCAAGGCGGUAGAGAGAGCCGGUUACAAAACUCCAUCUCCCAUUCAAAUGGCCGCGAUUCCACUUGGAUUGCAGCAGCGUGAUGUGAUCGGCAUUGCUGAGACUGGUUCAGGUAAGACUGCUGCAUUUGUUCUUCCUAUGCUGACUUACAUAUCUAGACUCCCUCCGAUUCAAGAAGAAAAUGAGGCAGAGGGGCCUUAUGCCGUUGUGAUGGCACCUACUCGAGAACUUGCGCAGCAAAUUGAGGAUGAGACUGUCAAGUUUGCGCAUUAUAUGGGUAUCAAAGUCGUUUCGAUCGUUGGUGGCCAGUCCAUUGAAGAGCAAGGGUUUAGGAUUAGGCAAGGGUGUGAGGUUGUCAUUGCCACACCUGGGCGUCUAAUUGAUUGCUUGGAGAGACGUUAUGCUGUUCUGAAUCAGUGUAAUUAUGUCGUUCUUGAUGAGGCUGAUAGAAUGAUUGAUAUGGGUUUUGAGCCACAAGUCGUGGGCGUCUUGGAUGCAAUGCCUUCGAGCAAUUUGAAACCAGAGAACGAGGAUGAGGAGCUUGAUGAAAAGAAAAUUUAUAGGACCACCUAUAUGUUCAGUGCUACCAUGCCACCUGCUGUGGAGCGGCUUGCAAGGAAGUACUUGAGGAAUCCUGUUGUUGUGAAUAUUGGCACGGCCGGAAAGGCAACUGACCUAAUUACACAGCAUGUGAUUAUGAUGAAGGAAUCAGAGAAAAUGUUUAGGCUUCAGAAAUUCCUGGAUGAUCUUGGAGAUAAGACAGCAAUUGUUUUUAUAAACACUAAGAAGUCUGCAGAUAAUGUUGCAAAAUCCUUGGAUAAGGCGGGUUAUCGUGUGACAACUUUGCAUGGUGGGAAGUCGCAGGAACAGAGAGAAAUUAGUUUGGAAGGUUUUAGGACCAAGAGAUACAAUGUACUGGUUGCAACUGAUGUAGCUGGACGUGGAAUUGAUAUACCUGAUGUGGCCCAUGUCAUUAAUUAUGAUAUGCCUGGAAAUAUUGAAGCAUACACACAUCGUAUUGGACGAACAGGUCGUGCAGGGAAGACUGGUGUAGCCACAACAUUCUUGACUCUGCAUGACUCUGAUGUCUUCUAUGAUCUCAAGCAGAUGCUUAUUCAGAGCAACAGUCCUGUGCCGCCUGAAUUAGCAAGACACGAGGCUUCAAAAUUCAAGCCGGGAGCAAUUCCUGACAGACCACCUAGGCGCAAUGAAACGCUUUUUGCUCAUUGA